AAUAUAUUAAUAUAUACAUUAAUUAAUUGAUAUCGCACCACCAUUUUUUAAAUUUCAUAACCAUCCAUUAUUCCAUUGUUGCAACAAAUACACCUUCUCUCUCUGUCUCUCUGGGUCGCUUGCUAUCGGCGAAAUCUAAAUUAGUAUUGGGAAAAUCAAUUGAAACUGGAGAAUGCUGUUUAUGCUUCAAAAGUUGCUUAAGGAAUAGGGUUUUGCCCAGUGCAUGACGCUUGAUUUGAGUGACUUUACCAAGAUGGGGACCAUACACCGCAGCGGAGCCUUUAAAAAAUCAAAUGACACUAUCAGACUUGUAAUUACGACUUUAACUGGAAUGAUCUUUGGAUAUUUUAUUGGAAUUUCUUUUCCAUCUGUUUCCCUUAAUAAGAUUAAUUUACAUUCAAGCAUUGUAUCAUCUCUUGACGUAGCCUUUAACAAUGAUCAUUCUAGAUCCAUUAGUAACCACAUACCUGAAACUCGUGUUUCCACUGACAAAGCACCACCUAAGAUAUAUGUUCCGACAAAUCCUCGUGGUGCAGAAUCCUUACCUCCAGCAAUUGUAGUCUCUCAGUCCGAUUUUUAUUUGCGAAGAUUAUGGGGUGAACCCAGUGAGGAUUUGACAAUGAAGCCGAAAUACUUGGUAACAUUCACAGUUGGUUUGGAUCAGAGGAACAACAUUGAUGCAGCAGUUAAAAAGUUUUCUGAGGAUUUUCAAAUUAUGCUUUUUCAUUAUGAUGGCUGGACAAGCGAAUGGGAUCAAUUUGAGUGGUCAAAGAGGGCCAUCCAUGUCAGUGUAAGAAAGCAAACAAAAUGGUGGUAUGCAAAGAGGUUUUUGCAUCCUGAUAUUAUUGCAGCUUAUGAGUAUAUUUUCAUCUGGGAUGAAGAUCUGGGAGUUGAACACUUUAAUGGUGACAAGUACAUUCAACUGGUUAAGAAACAUGGUUUGGAUAUUUCUCAACCAGGUCUUGAGCCCAAUAACGGACUAACAUGGCAGAUGACAAAAAGGAGAGGUGACAGAGAAGUUCACAAGAAUACAGAAGAGAAACCAGGCUGGUGCGGUGACCCACAUUUACCUCCAUGUGCUGCAUUUGUGGAGAUUAUGGCCCCUGUGUUUUCUCGGGAAGCAUGGCGCUGUGUUUGGCAUAUGAUUCAGAAUGACUUGGUUCAUGGAUGGGGAUUGGAUUUUGCCCUCAGAAGAUGCGUAGAGCCUGCACAUGAGAAAAUUGGUGUGGUUGAUUCACAGUGGGUCGUUCAUCAAGUAAUUCCAUCACUUGGGAAUCAGGGCCAGUCUGAGAACGGUAAAUCUCCAUGGCAAGGGGUAAGAGAUAGGUGCAGAAGCGAGUGGGCUCAGUUUCAGGAUCGCCUAGCUGACGCAGACAAGGCAUACCUUGCACAGAUUGUAAAGGGUCAACUUUGACAUGCUCAGAGCUCUCUGCUUGAUCUUGUACAUUGCUUUGUUCUUUCUUUCUUGCAUCUCUCUGUCCUGAAGCGUGGUGUUUCAGGGCCCAAUUCUUUCACAUGAUGUUUCAUUUUUCUGAUAGGUAUUGUAGCCAUGUUUCAUGUAGUCGUAGACAUUUACAAUCAGAUAAGAGAGAAUUUUCACGUUUUUGUGCAGAAAUAUGUUAAGCUUAGGUUCACCUGCAA